AUGAAGUGUGUUGUCUCACUUCUUAGAAAUUCUGCUUAUCAUUGGUGGAAGACUCUUAUGUUAGUGGUACCUAGUGAGAGGGUUACUUGGAAUUUCUUUCAGGAGGAGUUCCGUAAGAAGUACAUCAUUCAGAGAUUUAUGGAUCAGAAAAGAAAAGAAUUCCUUGAGUUAAAACAAGGUAAGAUGACUGCGACCGAGUGUGAACAUGAAUUUAUUAGACUCAGUAAAUAUGCUCGGGAAUUUGUGUCCAGUGAAGCCAAUAUGUGCAAGAGAUUUGAAGAUGAGCUUAAUGAUGAUAUCCGACUGUCAGUGGGUGUUUUAGAAAUUAGAGAGUUUGUUGUUCUGGUUGAGAGAGCCUGUAAAGCAGAGGAUUUGUUAAAAGAAAAAGAAAAGGGCAAAGUUGAAAUUGAAGCGCAAGACACGAAGAAAGGCAGAUGA